AUGUUCGACACGAAUAACGUCGCAGGCGGAUCUCAGGCUAUGAACGAGGGGCUUGGCAUCAACAAGCUCUCUCCGAUAUCAUCGAAUUCAAAUCAGAGCUCAUUGACUUCCUCCAAUUAUGAAAAAUACCUGCAGCUGGCCACAGAGAAGAAUCCGUGUAUGAUCCUGGAGUUGGAACUGGACGGUAAAGUGCGAUAUGGCUCACCGCAAUGGAAUACGAUCAUAGGAGUCGUUGAUGAUAACGGCUCUUCUGCGACAUACAUUGCAGACCUUGUUCUCGGAUCCGAUCAAGAUAAGGCCGUCUUCCAAAAGGCCACUGACAUGCUGCUUAUGAAUGACGACACCAGUUACACGAUAACGUUCAACGUGAGGGCCACCGCGGAUGAGGGCGGCAGCGAGAGCUGUGACAAUGACAGUACCAUAACGACCUUAGAGGCGCGCGGUAUUCUAAUCAGGGACAGCCACACGCAGUUGCCCUCGCACACCAUGUGGAUAGUCAAGCCUCGCACGAACGACUGGUUGGACUUCUAUGCCAACGAGGACGCGCAGGAUGACAUGGUCAUCCAGUUGUCCGAUAAUUGCGACGACAUCGUCAUUCAACUUCCUGAGGAGUUCUCCAAAACCCUCGGGUUCGGCGCCAAGAUCUUCAUACAGUAUUUGAAGAGAAUACGAUUGGAAAUGAUCAUGGACGAGUUCAAUCUGCCCCUCCCCAAGAUGGAACUGUGCCGGGUUUGUGAAAACUUCGUCCCCGUCUGGUGGUUAGAGACUCAUUCGCAAAGUUGUGUUUGCGAGCAUAGAACAGAAUCGCUCAUACAACUGUUACAUGACAAUCUUCUCGAACAAUUGGCGAUUUUGACAAACUUCAAUAAGGACUCGGAGUAUAAGGGCACCCAGCUCCAAGUACGUUCCAGCAACUUCCUCAACCAAGUCCUGGAUUCCCUGAGGGAGCUGUGCCACGCCGCCAUAAGUAUAAACCCUAGCGAAAUGGUGCCGGAUCUCUACCAGAGUAUCUCUACAUUCCCACAGGAUAAUAACAACAACAAUGCUCUGUUAGACCAGUUCCCCGUCCAAAAGGAUUCAGUCAGUUUGAAUUCUUAUUUCCAGUUCUCUCCGAGAACAAACCACAACAUCCAAAAUGUCACGUCGUGGCAAUCAAGAUUCUUCCUCAAUGAUGACCAAGAUCCCGGUUUAGCUCUUUUGAUUCAUGACACUUUGGACCUGGCAAGGAAAAAAGUGGACGCCGUUCUGAGGUUGGAUAACGCAAUGACCUACUCCCUGAAGAUCAAAAACGAGGUCAAUAACUACGUGGUCCAACUGAUACGCGAACAAAUUGAGAUAAACAAGCACGCUGCCCUAGCACACUCAAUAAAUAUGAGACCUUCGUCCGCUUUCCAUUCCCCCUUGCCUCAAGAUCCAGAAGCAGAAAAUCUCAUAUAUUCCUCCUCUACCCCCUUGCAAGUCCAACACAAUCAAUGUAUGCCCCUUGAUUCCUCCUCCAAACCUCAUUUGGAGCCUAUUCCCUUCCCUUCCACAUCCAGCGAGGGAGCUUCUAGUGUCAAUGAUAUCAGACAUCCUUCGCCCUUGCCCCGUAGUUGUAACAACAUUGUUAUGAAGUUGCCCACACCUCAGAGAAAAAUUAAUUCUAACGAGCUAUUCUCGGACGCCUACCUAAACGCUGACAUCAUACCGAACUCAACUGUCGAACCUACGAUAUCCAUUGAUAUAGAUGAUAACACAAAUAGCAGGAGUAGCAGUAUCGAACAAUAUGGUACGGAUAACGCCACUGUUUCUCGGACCACGAACUCGGAAAGACCAUCUUCCUCGUCGUCAAGACUGGGGGUUAGAUCGAGAUCCAUAACCCCAAGGCAAAAGAUGGAAUAUUCGCAUGUAAAUAGUGACGAACACGCCGCCAAUGAAAUGUUCCCAAGAGAUAAAGAUUCCCUUCAACCCGAAACUUCCACUGAUACCACUAUAACCUCUUCUACCCAAACGAAUACUACAGGCUUCAAAAAUAAUAGCAAUAACUCCACAAACUCAGUGUUGCCUAAAUUAAUGACCAGUAUUUCAUUAACACCAAGACGCGGAUCACCAUUAUUCGGGAAUUUAACAAGUCAUUCUAUGCAGCAAACAAAUAGUUUCAAACUGAUUCAAGACAAAUCUCCAAUAUCUUCCCCCUUUACAUUCUCCAAGGAUUUUUUAACCCCAGAACAGCACCCUUCCAGUCUUGCUAGGACAGAUAGCGUCAACAAUGCAAUGUUAAAUUCACCAAAUUUGCCAUUAUCGCCACUUUUGUUGGCCACUAACCAAACCAUCAAAUCACCGACACCCAGCAUUAGGGACUAUGAUAUCUUGAAACCAAUCAGUAAAGGUGCUUACGGCAGUGUCUAUCUGGCACGCAAAAAGCUCACAGGUGACUAUUUCGCCAUAAAGGUUUUAAGGAAAUCAGAUAUGAUUGCGAAAAAUCAAGUAACAAAUGUCAAAUCUGAAAGGGCCAUCAUGAUGGUCCAAAGUGACAAGCCAUACGUUGCGAGAUUAUUUGCUAGUUUCCAAAAUAAAGAUAACCUGUUCUUGGUCAUGGAGUACCUACCUGGUGGAGAUCUAGCAACUUUGAUUAAGAUGAUGGGGUAUCUGCCUGACCAGUGGGCCAAACAGUACCUGACCGAAAUUGUAGUCGGAGUAGAUGAUAUGCAUCAAAAUGGGAUCAUUCAUCAUGAUUUAAAACCUGAAAAUUUAUUAAUUGAUAAUGCAGGUCAUGUAAAAUUAACGGAUUUCGGUUUAUCAAGAGCAGGUCUAAUUCGCCGUCACAAGUUCAUCCCACAUAAGUCAUCGCUAAGUAUCAGUUCAACUUUACCCAUCGAUAAUCCAGUGAAUAAUAAUUUUACUAUGAAUGCGAACAAUAGUAACCACUCUCAGGUGUCCACCCCAGAUAGUUUCUCAUCAGACCACAAGACAUAUAAUAAAAGCAAGAAAUCGUCGCUGGGCCAACAAUACGAUCACUCUGAACACUCGAGUAACUCGAAUUCCCAUUCGAUGACACCAACACCUAGUUCAAGUACUGUCAUUUAUCCUUCAUACUACCGUGGCAAGGACAAGUCUCACGGAAGUUCAAAUAUUGAUCUCCCAGCCUCCUUAAGAAGAAGCGAAUCUCAAUUAUCAUUUUCCCUGCUUGAUAUAUCCCGUUCUAGUACACCUCCCUUAGCAAAUCCUCAAAGCCUGAAUACCAACAAUGUUAUUAGAAGAAAAUCGCUCACCGAAAACAAGUCCUUUUCCAAUGACUUAUCAUCUUUAGACGUAACCACAACCACUAAUACCAAUGCCAGUUCAAAUAACAACGCUUCUGUUUCACCGGCCCCUUCAGACCUGGCACUGUUUUAUCCCGAUGAUAGCAAGCAAAAUAAGAAAUUUUUUGGGACUCCCGAUUACUUGGCGCCAGAGACUAUUGAAGGUAAAGGUGAAGAUAAUAAGCAGUGCGAUUGGUGGUCAGUUGGCUGCAUAUUUUUUGAAUUGCUUUUAGGCUACCCCCCAUUCCAUGCGGAAACGCCUGAUGCCGUAUUUAAGAAGAUCCUUUCAGGGGUUAUUCAAUGGCCAGAAUUCAAAAACGAGGAAGAAGAACGAGAAUUCCUAACACCAGAGGCGAAGGAUCUAAUUGAAAAACUGCUGGUUGUAGAUCCUUCCAAAAGGUUAGGUGUUAGCGGGAUUCAAGAAAUUAAAGACCAGCCUUAUUUCAGGAAUGUCGAUUGGGAUCACGUUUACGAUGAGGAAGCUUCUUUUGUCCCCACAAUAGAUAACCCAGAGGAUACAGAUUAUUUUGAUCUCAGAGGUGCGGAACUCCAAGAUUUUGGAGACGAUAUCGAAAGUGAUAAUGCGAAUAUCUUGUUUGGUAAAAAUGGUAAUAGCACUGAUGUUUCUGACUUGUCUGCGGCUAAUCUUUCUCCACCACCAAAUCAUAGGAAUGUCUUAUCCCGUAGACUAUCAAUGAGCAAUACGAAUAAUAGAGGCUCUAGCAAUUCAAGCAGCUGUGUACAUGAUUUUGGUGCGCAUACUCCGGUUAACAAACUCAGUAUUGCUUCCGUAUUGGAAUCAGUACCACAAGAAAUCGGAUAUAUCACACCAGGUGGAACUGGUACAACUACGGCUAGUGCUAAGAAUUCUCCCAAUCUUAAGAAUUUAUCCUUGGCUAUCCCCCCGCAUAUGAGAGAUCGCAGGUCAAGCAAGUUGAAUGAUUCACAAACAGAAUUUGGUUCUUUCAAUUUCAGGAAUUUAUCUGCCUUAGAUAAAGCCAAUAAAGAUGCUAUAAAUAGACUGAAAAGUGAGCAUUUUUCUGAACAGCCGGGAGUGCAUAGAAGAACCUCUUCUGCGUCUUUGAUAGGAUCAUCUUCAGAUGGAUAUGUCUCAACAUCAGGGAGUAAUGCCUCGAAUACUACAUCAUCCGGUAAAUUGAAAAUACAUAAGCCCACUAUAUCUGGGUCCCCUUCAACAUUUAGUACUUUCCCGAAGACUUUUUUAAAGUCAGAUUCAUUCUCAACAAGAUCAUAUUCUCCUGAACGGAGUAUCAGCAUUGAUUCAUCCACAUUGUCAAGAAAAGGGAGCUUAAUUGGGGAUAGCCAACAGACGACAACAAAUAGUUCAGAUUCCCCUACUAUGACUAAAUUCAAGUCGCCAUUAUCGCCCGCUAACACUAACACCGCAAGUUCAUAUUUUUCGAGGCAGAGAGUUUUAUCAAAGAGCUUUUCACAACGAACUAAUUCUAGUGAUUUAUCUGCAGACGAGAGUGAUAGAUUGCAAGCUAUAUCAAGAGUUAAUUCUUUAAGAAACAGGAGACGUAGUGGCCGCAAGAGCUCCAGUACUUCUGAGAUCGGAUAUCAUAUGGAUGCCCUAGUUUGUGAGCCUAUUCCAAUUCAUAGGUAUCGUGUCGCUAAAGACUUAGAAAACCUUGGCUGUACUGUCGUCAGUGUUGGUGCUGGUGAUGAAUUAGUCAGUAGGGCUACGAGUGGUGUAAGCUUUGAUUUAAUUAUGACGGCUUUAAAACUUCCAAAGCUCGGUGCUAUUGAUAUUGUUCAACUGCUCAGACAAACAAAUGGUGCUAAUUCAACAACGCCGAUUGUGGCAAUUACAAAUUAUUUUCAGGAAGCGAUAACGAGUAAAGUUUUUGAUGAUGUGUUAGAGAAACCAGUAAAUCUUGAUGAAUUGAAAAAAUUGGUGGCUAAGUAUGCCUUAAAAAAGUCCCAAGAAGAUGAAGAGCACACCAUAUUGAGUGAUUCUGAUGAGACGCAUUGA